UGUACUCACCUGGUGACCACCAAAGCCGGCCGGGCGGCGUCGAGGGGCGGGAGGGGGCGGAGCCAGCGCGGCUCGCCUCUGGCGACGCCCCGCCCCGUCACGCCCGCGCCUGCGCCCGGCACAAGGCCGGCCUCGAGCGCCCGGGCGGGAGGUUUGUCCUGUAUGAGUGGAGAAGACAGUUCUUGCCAGUAGAAUUGACACAGCAUUUUCUAGGAUGUCUGAAGAUGAAGAAAAAGUGAAAUUACGCCGUCUUGAGCCAGCUAUCCAGAAAUUCACUAAGAUAGUAAUCCCAACAGACCUGGAAAGAUUAAGAAAACACCAGAUAAAUAUUGAGAAGUAUCAAAGGUGUAGAGUCUGGGACAAGUUGCAUGAAGAACAUAUCAAUGCAGGGCGUACGGUUCAGCAACUCCGCUCCAAUAUCAGGGAAAUGGAGAAACUUUGUCUAAAAGUCCGUAAGGAUGACCUGAUACUUCUGAAGAGAAUGAUAGAUCCAGUGAAAGAGGAAGCAGCAGCAGCAACGGCAGAAUUUCUGCAACUCCAUUUGGAAUCUGUAGAAGAACUUAAGAAACAGUUCAGUGAUGAAGAGACUUCAUUACAGGCUGCUUUAACCAGAUCCAUGACCGUGGGCGGAGAAUUUCACAGCACGGAAGCCGAAGCCAGCUGCCAGAGUUUGACUCAGAUCUAUGCACUGCCUGAAAUUCCUCCGGAUCAGCAUGCGGCGGAGUCAUGGGAAAACUUGGAAGCGGACUUGAUUGAACUUAGCCAACUGGUCACUGAUUUCGCUCUCCUAGUGAAUUCUCAGCAGGAGAAGAUUGACAGCAUUGCAGACCAUGUCAACAGUGCUGCUGUGAAUGUUGAAGAGGGAACCAAAAACUUGGGGAAGGCUGCAAAAUACAAGCUGGCAGCUCUGCCUGUGGCAGGUGCACUCAUCGGAGGAGUGGUGGGGGGUCCGAUUGGCCUCCUCGCAGGCUUCAAAAUGGCAGGAAUUGCAGCUGCACUUGGUGGUGGGGUGUUGGGCUUCACAGGUGGAAAAUUGAUACAAAGGAAGAAGCAGAAAAUGAUGGAGAAGCUCACUUCCAGCUGCCCAGAUCUUUCAAGCCAAACAGACAAAAAAUGCAGUUAAAAACCAAACUUUGGUAUGA